CUCAGUACGGUUUAGUCCGGCAAGCCAGAAUCAGCGGAGCCUCCGCGCGCUGCGCACCGUGUCAGUAUCGAAAAACACACACGCAACUUGUAUACGCUCGCACACGAUCAUUCAGUUAGUGCAGCGAUAGUUUGACCGCGUGUGCGAGUGUUGUCAGCGACUUUAGUGUAUAUACAUAUACAUAUAUAUACAUAUACAUACACUUGUACAUAAGAAACAGAGUGAGGAAAGCAAAGAGAGAGAGAGAGAGAGAGAGAAGUUAUUACGUAAGGUGUGCGCGCGAGUUUGUUAGCCGUCAGUCCUCUCGAUGGUGCGCAAUACGACGAUGGAGCCGACGUUCUACGAGGAUCAGGUGGGCCACUUUACCUAUGGCAAUCGCAUAAUCGCCGGUGGCGGCGGUGGGGCUCCCGUCAACAAUCUCGUUGGCAUAAAGCGCAGCAAUUUGACACUCGACUUGAAUGCCGGUCGACAGGGUCCUCAAGCGAAGAGGCCCAAACUGGGCUCGUUACCAGCUACGGCCCUGGCCAUGUCUGGUCUCACGCCGCUGCUCAACUCGCCGGAUCUGCUCAAGCUCAACUCGCCCGAGUUCGAUAAGCUGUUUAUCGCUCAGCAAGAGAACGGCAUGAUUACCACUAUGCCCACACCCACCACGCAGAUGUACUUCGACAAAGCCAUCACCGAGGAGCAAAAGCAAUACGUACAAGGCUUCGAGGAUGCCCUUGAUGCGCUUCAUCACUCGGACAGCUCGCAGGAACCAGGCAGUAUCCACUACACGACCCUCGAGCCGCCGGGCAGCGUGCAGAGCAACGAAUCCUUAAUGAGCGGCCAAGGAAGUCUGAUGCAAGUAAAGGACGAACCCCAAACUGUACCGAGUGUAUCGAGUUCGCCACCCAUGUCCCCCAUCGACAUGGAAAGCCAAGAAAAAAUCAAACUCGAACGCAAGCGCCAGCGGAAUCGCGUGGCGGCCUCCAAGUGCCGCAGGCGCAAGCUCGAGAGAAUCAGCAGGCUCGAGGACAAGGUCAAGCUGCUCAAGGGUGAGAACAAUGAUCUGAGCGUGAUCGUCAACAGGCUGAAGGAGCACGUGAGCCGGCUAAAGGAGCAGGUGAUCGACCACAUGCAGUCCGGCUGUCAAAUCAACACUGUUCCCGGUAUCUUCUGAGAGGAAAUCAUCCUCGUGCUGGAUCUCGAGGCUAGUUGAUCGACUUCGUAACGCAGGACACCUUCUCUGAUUGUGCUUGUGGUGUGAUGAAAAACUUGUUUUGUGGGUGUUGAUGAUUAUUACUUUUUUCAAUGUCUCUUUUAUAUUAUUUAUUAUGGACUGACGCUAACAAAUAAGCCACCCCCGCCAUUUUGGAGAACGACGCAUGCUGCUCGCUCGCUCCUCGUCGUUCGCGCGCGGCAAAUUCGAGACUUUCUCUCGCGCGUGAUGCUGGCUGCUGGAACUCUUCACCUUGUAAAUUACGUAUCUAUUUAUGUCUAUAUAUAGAUAUAUACUGUGUACAUUAACGGUCGUGCGCGAGACGAUCUUUUAUUUUGUAUUAAGAAAACUUCUCUAAGGCCAUUGUAUCUCGAUCGCGGUAUAAUGCUCUGAUUUAUUAAUAACAAGUGUUAUUAUCUCGUCUUUCUUUAGCAAAGCAAGCUGAGUGAGAGAUAUAUAUUUGAGAAUCGAAUCUGAUCUUUCGUAUACGCAUAGUAUUUUAACGUGUCAACACUGAUACCUGGAUAGUCAAUGUUUUUAUUCUUUUUUUAUUUCAUAACUACUUCAAUGUGUCGUGCAAUUAACAAUUGUGAAACUUGAGUCAUUUAACUUGGUGCCCAUAUAAUGAGAUGUACAUAAUAAUAUCCAGUUGUUGGCAUAUCUGCUCUGACAUAUAAUUAAAAUUAGCUUAACAAUAUUUUGGGAUGCAAUGUUGAGUGACUUUUUUUGGAGAAUGCCAAAUAUAUUAUAAAGCACAUUAUGAACCAACAGUGUAUAUUUAUUGGUGGAAUAUUCAUAUUUAUUGCAACAAAUAGCGACACCUUGAUAUUAGAAACAGAGACGAGAAAAAGUCGCUCAAGCUUUGUAAUCUCUCAAUGAAAAAAGCUCGGACUCUGAACAUUGCCUAAAUAAACCAUUACGUUUAUUAAUUGUAAGGAGAUAACUUUUUUGUAUGUUAAACUAAUACGUCUGUGACAGGACGCGCCAUUGCGACUCUUCUUAUUUUUUUACGUACAGGUGACGAGGUAAUGAGCUAUUGCCUUGAUCUGUCUUUCAUUGUUUCUUUGUGUAAUAAUAAAAUCGAGGCAAUCGUGUGCUUUGUAAAUUGUAUAAAUUGUUAAGAAAUUAGUCUGAUCCUUCCAGCGGUUCUUGUCAUUGUAACAAAUCAGUCACGCUGAAAUGUUUUCUCAUUGUAUAGAAGAGGCUUGUAAGGGUUGCACGUGUAAACUUAAUAUUCCGCUUUCUGUGUAAAUGCUUUUCUCAAUCUUAGUCAGCAGAACGAUAAAUCAAUUAUGCUUGUUUUAUCAAUUUCGCCAGCAGCAACCCAAGAACAAAGUCCAACGAGAAGAAUAAUUAUAUAGAUAGUUGUAAUGAGAAUUUCUUUUUCGGUUUUUAUAAAAAAAAUACUGAAAUUCGUUUUAUUCAAGAAAGUCUAUAAGAUAUGUACGCGUGCUUCGUUAGACUUUCUGGGCAAACAAUUCACUGCACAGUGUGCCUUUUUCAGAAAUUUCGUAACGAGCAAUCUGUGGCACAAUUCGCCCCGAUUCGCAUAAUCGUUCCUCCAUUUUUACAUAAAAAAUGCUUUCCCUUUGCGUUCGCGAUUAUUAAGCAACUCGGAAAAUAUCGGAUGUUGUGCAAAUUGAUGUGCUUCUAUAAACUGAUUAUUAUUCGUUUUAUUAUUGUGAGAAAAGUAAAAGUAAUAUGCUAUUGUAAAAAGCCGAGAAGAAAUAUUGUAUCAUAUACGCUCUAACCAUAUUUUUGUAUUUGCGCGUCAAAACGACGAAAACCAAUAUGCAUUGUUGCGGCUAACUACCGGAAAAUUAUGUAAAAACUUUCGACGACUAAAGAGGUGCGCACGCGGAGAGAAGCAAACACGUGUUCCUCCCGUGACGUACCGUGUACAUUUUUUUUAUAUAUUGAGGAGUGGCUGCACAAAACGUAUGAAAGUAAAUGAAAACGACAUGUGAUUUAGUUUUUAAGAGAUGAAACCCCAUUAGAGUAUAUAUUAUAUACAUAUUAUAUAUUUUUAGCGGUACUGCGAAUUCACAAGACAGCACACAAUAAACCGUCACUUUUGUAUACUUGCUUUUACGUUAAUACAUGAUAAAAGAAAAAGAAUUCAAUUCAGAAAAAAAGUUUUACUGUAAAUUGAAAAUCAAAAAACUCUAAUCUUUUGUUUAACAGAAGCCAAAAAUAUAUUAUUGUGUAUUAACUUGACAGCAUGAAACGUGAAAACACAAAGUAUAUAUAUAUAUAUAUAUAUGUUAUAUAUAUUGUAUACUGACAAAGGGCGAAAAAUCUUUUUUUACAAAUAAUUUUAUUUUUGAAUGAAAUAUGAAAAUAAAUUUUACUAUAUUACCCUUA